CAACAAAAUAAAAUAAAAAUUAUUGCCAUGGCGCCCGUCGACAUAGAAGAUGUUUGGGAUAUGCUGGGUUUUGGUCGCAUGCAGCUGGCCAUCUUCUUUACCUGCUGCGUACUGCAAAUGUAUGUUAGCAACGAGCAACUUGGCUUGUCCGUUAUCCUGGUGGCAGGUGCCGGUGAACUAAAGAUAGAUAAUGAACGGAUGGGUUGGCUGAUAGCAUGUGUAUUCUUUGCCCAGGUUAUAUUUGGUCAUUAUUUCGGUUAUAUGACAGAUAAAAUUGGCAGACUCAAAGUUCUGUUCAGAACAUUGAUAAUGACUAUAUUGAGCUCAUUUUUAUCGGCUUUUAUGCCAGAGUAUUGGUCAUUUUUAGUACUCCGAUUCAUAGUGGGAGUUUUCAUAACUGGUCUUGCAGUAACCUUGCUGACCUAUUUAAGUGAGUUCUGUAGUCUUGCGUUGCGUCCAAAAGUGCAUAAUUUCGUCAGCUAUUCAAUAGGAGUGAGCAUGAUCUAUGUGCCACUUGCCGCAUUAAGUUUGAUGUACUUAAAUGUACAUGUACAUGUAUGGGAGAAUUAUGAAAUAACAAAUUGGCGUGUACUGAUCUUGAUCAAUCUUUUACCUGGCAUCCUUGGAGUCUGCCUACUUUAUCGACUGCCUGAAAGUCCUAAGUUUUAUUUAUCAAUCAACAAGCAUGAAGAGGCCAUGGUAGUCUUGGAAAAAUGUUGUAGCGUCAAUAAGGGCAAAAACGUAACUUUGGCCAGCCUGGGAGUGGAUAAGGUCACACAGUCGCGUUUACGGGAUUCUCAAAUAGAGCACAAUGCGUUUACGAGUCUUUGGUAUGAUACUGUGCCUCUAUUUAAAGGGGAAUAUCUACGUUAUAUGAUCCUAACAUCGAUUACCACUUAUAUUUUGUUUGGAGCAGGUUUCGGUUUGACUAUAUGGAUAUUACGCAUACGUUUUAUAUCGCAGCAAAUUGUUGGUAAUAUGAUAUUAUGCGAUCUUCUGGACCAUGCCCAAAACUCCAACAUAACAUUGAGUGAAUGUAACAUAAACCUUGAUAGUAUGAUAGUCUCCAUAUUGCAUGGUUGUACAACUUUGACGGUGCUCAUUAUAAUAACCGUUUUAUUCCUGUUUUUAAAACGACGAACCAUAUUGCUGAUCUUUACGCUUCUGGGAGCCUUUGUCGGUUGUUUAUUGAAUGUCGUUGAGUUGGAUGCCGUAAUCAUUGCCGUUUUUAUAAUGUUCGUUGUGCUACCCCUGUGUUGCUUAAGGUUGGUUAUAUCAAUUCUUAUUGAUCUUAUACCAACACAUUUAAGAGCUAAAGGCGUUGCUGUAAUUUUUAUGGUUGGUCGUAUUGGAGUCAUGUCAUCUAGUUUAUUUGUGGGCUAUACCUUAAAAGUCUGUUGUAUGAGUACCUUCAAUACCUUCGUUUUGGCCCUGUUAAUUGCUGCUCUAAUGAUCUAUCUUCUGCCCACAGAAAAUUAUGUUAAAAAUCGUGAAAACAAGAAAUCAUAACAAUUUAUUGGACAAAUUACACAAAAAAUAAAAAAAAGAUCGGGUUUGCGACUUUAAGAUUUUCAGUUUAGUUUUCAAGCCAAUGGCUUAAAAAUUAUAUUCGAAACUUGAAAUCGAAAGCCGAUCUCGAAGUUGCUGCUCAGAAA